GAUGAAUUGGAAAAGUAGGCCUUGGGGAGAGAAGUACGAAGCUGACUUGAGAACGCGUUAUAGCCGCCCAGGAAUCAAUCCAAAACCAAAGACUUCCAAGUUCACGCCGUCUUCUACCCGUGCUACCUGUACUUUUCUUCUAUACAUAACCUCUACUUCUUCAUCACCAUUACCCUUCAGCUUCAUCAUCGAUCACCAGACUCACCACCAUCAUACACCAUAUCUUUCAAAGCUCAUACCUCCCAUGUACACCAUAACUCUACACAUCUCCUUCUUUCUCUAUCUCCUCUUCUCCAUCACCACUGCCGCCGCUGCCAUCAGCGACACCGCCAACGCGCCACCUUACAGUCCAAGCGACUACUUUCUCCUCAACUGUGGUUUAUCUUCUAGUUCUAACGAUGCCGACGGCCGAACCUGGGAGGGAGAUGCCCGCUCCAAAUUCUCGCCGUCAAACAUUUCAAUAACUUCUUUGGAAUAUAAAGCAUCCGAGCAAAAAACUUCUGUCAAUCAAGUCCCCUACAUGACUGCUCGGAUCUUUCGCUCUGAAUUCACCUACACCUUCCCCAUCACCGUCGGACCAAAAUUCAUUCGUCUCUAUUUCUACCCAGUUAAUUACUCUGACCUCGACAUAGCCAACUCUUUCUUCUCUGUCACCUCCGGCGGCUA